UCUAGAUUGGCAACUUCAUUCCAUCAUCAAACCAACCUCAUUUCCCGCCCAGCUAAUAACUUACAUGUCGACUUUCUUCCAAUCAAUCAAGUACCGACAAUCUUGAGGUUCCAGCCCGAAUCUCCUUAUUGUGCAUCCAAAUAUAUCGACAGCUAACAGAAAACCUUAUAAGGCUCCGCGUUCUCGGACCUCAUACCGCUGCCUGCCUUGCCUUUGCUUCGUUAUUUUCGUACUCGGGCUCCAAAGCAAUACAGGAUAAGAUAAGAUAAGAACCAUCUUUAGAUCUCGUAUAAUCCUAUCCUAUCAUGCAAACGACAUCACGUAAGCCGCAUAGGAAAGUUCGAACAGGUUGUCGUGUUUGCAAGUCCAGAAAAAUUAAGGUACAGUACCCAUUAUCCUAUUUCCUUCAAUCUAAGGGAAUGUCACUAAUAUUUGCUUUAGUGUGAUGAAAAUAAGCCAUCAUGUAAGGCAUUCCGGAUAAUGAUGUCCCUGAUAUUUAGGAGUCUGGACUAUUGGAUACUGGCUGGAUGUUCUUUUCAUACUAACCAUGCUAUAGGUAAUAAUUGCAUCAAACAUUCCGUGUCAUGUGACAUCAUGACAACUAGCACUGCGUUAGCCCCGUCUCCUAAUCCUAGCCUCAAUGGAACACCAACGAACGCAUUCAGCCCUAUGAGUGUUACUGGACCAUCACAUUCUCCUCACCAAUUACCGCUACCUUCAAUUCCAAUACUCGAUGGUCAUGGAUCGAGUUUUACUCUCCUUGACAUGGAACUACUUCACCAUUACACUACAUCCACAUUCAUGACUGUGGUCUCGAAUCCUUCUCUUGCAACUCUGUGGCGGAUCAAUAUCCCGCAGCUUGCCUGCUCUCAUGAAAUUGUGAUGCGGGGUAUUUUGUCGAUCGCGGCUCUUCAUAUUGCUUACUAUAAGCCUGAAAAAAGAGAUUUUUACGUCUCGACAGCCGUAUCUCAUCAUCAAAAUGCAUUAGCUAGUGCAAUCACCAUGAUGGAUGAUGUUAAUGAUGACAAUUGUACUGCAUUACAUAUAUUUACCUCGAUAACGUUAAUUUACUCGCUAGCAAGUCCUCGGAAAUCUUUGGAUUUGAUAAUGGUCGGCGAGAACGACGUAUCGGAUUGGGUAACACUGCUGAAGGGAGUGAGAGCUAUAGCAGAUCACGCACACGAAAAAAUUUAUCAAGGAAGUCUAAGGCCAAUGUUCAGUGCUGGAGCAAGACGUGAUAAAUUGAGACGCGAAUCGAGUUCCUAUCCCCCAAAUCAAUACCUAGUCAACUUGUCCGAAUUUUUGACGGCAUCUAUUUCCGAUCCACAUGAUUUGGAAACAUACAUUGAAAGCAUAAAUGAACUUCAAAAGUCUUACGCAGUUCUCUUGAAAGUGGGUCGUGAUAAUUUUGAAUCGGCCGAUCUGUUUAUUUGGCCAUAUCGAGUAUCUGAUCAUUAUACGUCGCUUCUUAGACAGCGGACUGCCCCUGCGCUCGUUGUCUAUGCAUAUUUUGCAGUUUUAAUGAAAUGUCUAGAUGCACAUUGGUGGAUGAAAGGUUGGUCUGAGUAUCUGAUUGCUCAGAUUUAUGGAUUAUUAGACGCCGAACACCGGGUAUGGAUUAGGGGGGCAAUUGAGGAAAUUGGAUGGGUUCCCUGAUUAUUUUUGGUGUAAGAGUGGUUGCUAGGGCUUAUCUCUUUGCCAGGAAGCAUUGAUUGAUCGAGAUUGCUGCAAUGUAUAUCAAACUAUUCAAUAUUUAUUACGAACUUGCGAAAGGGAUUAACACUAUAUUCUUGUAUCAAUGGGGUCAAUUGAGAAGAGAUUAUGGCCCAUAGGACAUCCUAUUGUCAUUAAAGGUUAAGAUUCAGACAGUGGGGAUAGUUAUUUAAAAGUGCAUUCCUGGAGAAUCAUCAC